AACGUAAGCAAUUGUACUGAUGCUCUAGUAUAGUAUUCAACUUCUUUGCUGUUUAAUAAAAAUAUCUACUUGUAAAAAUGAAUUUGAAAAGCAUAAUUUGUAUAUUUGUAGCCACGAUAUUAUUCGUAAUGAUGUCGGGUGUAUCAGCCGGCGACGAGCCAGAAGCUGGACCUUGGUGUGGAGUUUGGCACACAGUAAGACAAGGAGCUGUAAGACCACAACCUUACGGGGUACCAGCAACAGAACCACCACCACCACCACCACCACCACCACCACCACCACCGCCACCACCACAACAACCACAACAAUAAAUGUGUAAUUCAGUAUCUAAAAACUAACUCCCGCUAACGACAGUUAAAUGUUCAAACAAAACUACAGUAUUCAAGAUCCGUGUCACAUUCUCAAAAUGUAUAUGCUUACUAAUAUGUGUAUAUUGUAAAAUGUUUAUCUUUGUUUAUCACAAUUGUGUCUUGACCUUCAGAUUUUUCUAAUAACAAUGUAUUCCAAGUAACAUAUAUUUUGUUACCUAUCAUAUAAAUUAUAUUAUGUCUAUUAUAUUUAUCUCUCUACCAAUAAAAAGAAUA